AUGGAAAUAUAAAAAAAUCCAACAUAACCGACAAUUAGUUAUCUAAAUAUAAGCUCAUCUACUAAUUUAUACGUUCCUGAUUCAAACGCCUCCUCCCCAAAAGAAGAUAAUGAAGAGAAGAAAUCUCCAAUGGGAAGAAAUGCUAGUAACUAUUCAAAGCUGAAUUUCAAAGAGCGAAUGACUCUCAUGAAAGCUUUAAGGGAUUCAAAAGAUGGAAAGUAUCAUGCAUUUAGUUAACUUGAACAACCUCUUUAUGUUUUUAACAAAGAUCAGGAGCCUCUUAACUUCAAUAGAAAACUAUAUGUUAGAUUGUUUAAAAGAUCCCGUAAAACUUAGCAGGAGUUUGAAAGAGAAGUUUUAGGAGUUAAUCAUAGUACUUGUGAUAGCAAGCAUAAUAAUAAACAGUAAAAGCAAAUGGAAGAUUAUGUUAAAGAGCUAAAUGAUAAGAGAAACGCCUCCAUAAUCAAUGAUCUAAUAUAUAUGGAUAAGGGAAAUGGAGAUCUAGAAUACUCCCCUAGAAAAGAUGCUAAUGCUUUAAAAUACAUGAACAUAGCUCUGACAGAGAUAGAGAAGACCGAAAACGGUACACAAAAGAAGUUAUCUAGUAUAUAGAAAAAUCGAUUGGCUUUGAAAUUUGUAGAAAUGAAUGCUUCACCUUAAAAAUACGAGUACUAUGAAAGAUUUACUGACGAAAAUAUUAAACAAGUCAGGCUUAAUCUUAAACAGCAAGACCUUAAGAGAUUCAAGAAACUAAGGGAAAUGCAAGAAAAGCAAAAGCUCUAGGUCAAACUCAGGCAUCAAUCUCAGCUUUCACCAAAUUAGUCUAUUCAGGUAAUCUAGGAGCAGGAAACUGAAGAAGAAGACAAGGAAAAAUACGAAAAUUAUCUAGGUGGCACAAUUGUUGUAGACAAAGAUAAGCUAAAUACAUCUCUAGAGAUUUCGAUAUUUAAUGAAUUACUAAACAAUAAAAGCAGAACUAAAGCAUAAAAAGCGAUGACGCUUAAGUCAAAUGUUAAGCAAUAAAUUUCAUCUUGGAAAAGGAAAAAGGAUUCAUCAGUAAAUAGAAGCAAUUAGGAUAGCUAAAUCAUUAAUGAUUAAUCUGGAGUCUUUAGUCAGAUACAUGUAUCUCCUUUGGAUGGCAAAUACUUUUAAUCUUAAGACAAUAGUGCUCCAGUUUCUGCAUAACGUAACUUAACUUAAGUAGCAGUAGACAAUGCAAACAUCUCUAUCGACUUUAUUAAAUUCCAUAAUAAGCCCAUCAUUACAGACAGUUCAACUUAGUAUCUGCCUCUUAUCAAUCAGAACUCCAAGUAUGGUGGAUUUCAAUCUGCCACAAACAAAGAUAAUGAGUCUAAGAAAUUUCAUUUUAAUAUCAAUAAUAGGAACAAUAUUCUCUUAAGCAACUAAACGAGCAAAAAUACCCUCAUCAUAUCUGAGCGAAACUAAAAAGAGUUAGACAAGAUCAAAGACCCUAUGCUGAAAAUUAAAAGAUCUGUAGAGAGAUUCGGCAAAAAUGUAGAUGGAAUGCUCUCUCACUCUCUAAAUUCCACUUAUAUAUAAAGACAUAAGGAUAAAUCUUUAUCUAAAUUGAAUGAAGAAUAGAGAAUUAACAAAUAUGAGUAGAAAUUUGAUUAGGCUCUAGACAAACUUAAUUAGAUACAUGACAAUAAAAACAUUGAAAAGACCUCAAUCUAGGAAUUCAGUGAAAAAAUCAGAUAACUGAUGAUUCGUAAAAGAUAAAGAAAAUAUGGAAACCUAGGAUAAUUAUGA